UCCCAUGGUUUAAGUCGGGGUCUGUAUGGAAGUACUAAGAGCCAGGUCCGUGGAAGACACGUGUACUUUCCGUCAAUCAGCAAUGCUUUUUCACGGAAUCUCUGGGGGAGAGAUCCAGGGAAUCAUGGAGGAAAUGGAAAGGAGAUCCAAGUCGGAGUCCCGUCUGGCUAAAGGAGUCCAGAUGAACGGAAGAGAAGCGACCAUGCCUUCUAUUAAUUCGGAUAAACCUGCCUUGUGCGCCGGCUGCGGUGGUAAAAUAGCUGAUAGGUAUUACCUGCUGGCUGUAGACAAACAGUGGCAUCUAAGAUGUCUAAAGUGCUGUGAAUGUAAACUCGCUCUGGAGUCGGAAUUAACUUGCUUCGCCAAGGACGGCAGCAUUUACUGCAAGGAGGAUUACUACAGGAGAUUUUCUGUGCAACGCUGUUCCCGCUGCCACCUCGGAAUAUCUGCCUCUGAAAUGGUUAUGCGAGCCAGGGACUCAGUUUAUCAUUUGAGUUGUUUCACGUGUACAACUUGCAACAAAACAUUAACCACAGGCGAUCACUUUGGCAUGAAAGAUAAUUUGGUUUACUGCAGAGUUCACUUCGAGUCCCUGGUGCAAGGAGACUAUCACACGCAAUUGAACUACACGGAGCUUGCUGCAAAGAGCGGGGGGCUCGGUUUGCCUUACUUCAACGGAACCGGCACCGUUCAGAAAGGACGGCCCAGGAAAAGAAAGAGUCCUGCCCUAGGAGUUGAUAUCCCAACUUAUAACCAAGGGUGCAACGAAAACGACGCUGACCAUUUGGACAGGGAACAGCAAUCGUACCCACCAACCCAGAAAACCAAGCGCAUGCGCACAUCCUUCAAACACCACCAGCUUCGCACCAUGAAGUCCUAUUUCGCCAUAAAUCACAACCCUGAUGCGAAAGAUUUAAAGCAACUUGCUCAGAAAACUGGGCUCACCAAAAGAGUUUUGCAGGUUUGGUUUCAAAACGCAAGAGCCAAAUUCAGAAGGAACCUUUUGCGACAGGAGAAUGGGGGUGUUGAUAAACCUGACGGCACUGCACUGCCCGCCCCGCCCCCAGCAGACAGGUCCGGCGCCGCUCUAAGUCCAAGCAGCACUUCGACCACUUUAACAGACUUGACCAAUCCCACUCUGUCAGUAGUGACGUCUGUGACCACUAACCUGGACGUGCACGAAUCCGGGAGUCCGUCACAAACUACCUUAACGAACCUUUUCUAA